AUGGCCUCGAUUUUGUCCAUUGCAGUCUUGACGGCUGUUCUUGGCCCAGCAAUUGGCAAUGUCUUCGCUCAAGCGCAAUUAGCCGCUGGGUGCACCACCAACUCGUUUACAGCACCGAGCUGGCUGGUUGAGAACUUUGAGUCUCAAACAUCAGGGGGCGCCGUGGUUGCCUCUUUCCAGGCGCUCAACCGAGCCACCAAGACAUCGCUUGAGCUGAGAUGCCAGACUUCCCUGGCCAACGCGACAGCAGGAUGGCAAAGAUGCUCUCCAAGGAACAGCACCAGCUCGGGCGUGACAUUGGUCGCUUCUUUCCAGGCCGAUUACUCGACAGCCUGGUUCAUGUUCAAUGAGACUUGGUCCUGCAGCGACCUUAGUCCAACCAAGCCGAUUACGUUCACGGCUGUCAGCAACUCCUCGGUACCGCUGGACUGCACGACACAGAGCCAGACCACGACCUGCAAAUCUAUCAAGCCAUUGCUCAUGAAAGCCACCCUGCUCUCCCCCGUCAAGAUCACCCCAGCGUACGUCACUGGACCACCCGGGCACGACACCGAAGGCUGCACGGCACAGUCGAGAACACCAGCAUGGGAGGUGGUAGCCACACAGAUGAAUUUUGGGAGAACCACCAGCGCCUUUGUUAUCGUCAGAAACGACGGAUUGGGCUACAGUGCCACCUGUGCGGGAGCUCUCUCUGCCGACCUUGAGGGGCCUCAGCUCUUGACCUGCCAGGGCCAGACUGCGUAUCGCCGCCCAGCCAAAUACCAGAUCGGCACCACGCUCUCAUUUAACCCCAGGACCUUCGGGUUGACCGUCAAUCAGACCUGGUUCUGUGACGAUCAGGACCCGGCACAGCCCGUCUCCAUCACGGCCUCCGGCACGACUAUUCUUCCCCUAGAAUGUCAACACUUUGUCUUACCCGACGAAAACACGACCUUCUGCACCGGCGGCUCAAACGGCACCUUUUCCGGCAACAUCACCUCGCGAGCCCUGCUCCAACCCUACUCGCUCAACGACCCGCUCUCCACAGCCGACAGCUGCACCAUCGCAUCCGUCGUCUCGCCGGCCUGGUGGCUCAACAACUUCGAGACCGAGACCACGACAUCCAACAGCCAGGUUGUCAGGGCCCAGUUCGACAUGGAGCUGCAGACGGGGGGCCCGGGACGGCAGCCGACGGGGAAUGGUGGAACGCUCGUUGCCGACGGGGUGCAUGUCUCGAACGUUUCGACGAACUCGUCGUCGGAGCUGCCGUGGGACAAGUGCGAGCUCUACGCGGUAGGCGAUACCGCGCUGGCUCCGACGGGGUGUGAGAUGAGGUAUGACAUGGCGAGUCGGUUCUUGGGGUUGAAGGUGGAUUGGCGGUGCGCGGAUCUGGAUCCGGGGAGUCCGGUGACCUUCAGCGGAGAGGUGCGGACCCAGGUGCCGGAGUACACCUGUGUCACCUCGGGCACGAACAUACGGUGCGCUUCGCCUGAUCCGAAGCCGUGGAGGGCCAAUGUCACGUCGGUGACGUGGCGGUAGAGGGUAUCGGUAAGAGGAAGAAGGGGAAGAAGAGGCGGUUGAGGGAGGCAAUGUCGGCUGACACUAAGGGGCAAUCAUCCAAGAGAUGCCCAUAUAAACAUGCAGUCAAUCACAACUGUCGAUCUGGGAAAGUGACGUUUAUUUGCGUACUGUAAAUG